AUGCCUAAGAAAAAAACAGGACAACGCAAAAAAGCUGAAAAACAGAAACAGCGUCAAAAAGAAAUUCGUAAUGCAAAAGAGCACGUUGACUUAGCACAGCACCCUUGCAACCUUCCUAUGGAAUGCGAUAAGUGUCAAAAAAAACAGAAGAGCCGUGCAUUCUGCUAUUUUUGUUCUGCAGUCCAACGAUUGCCUGCAUGUGCUCAAUGUGGUAAAGUUAAGUGCAUGCUUAAAUCUGGUGACUGUGUGGUCCGACAUGCUGGAGUUUUUACAACUGGCUUAGGGAUGGUGGGUGCAAUUUGUGACUUCUGUGAAGCAUGGGUGUGCCACGGACGCAAAUGCCUUACUUCACAUGCUUGCACAUGCCCCUUAACUGAUGCUGUUUGUCUAGAAUGUGAAAGAGGAGUUUGGGAGCAUGGUGGUCGAGUGUUUCGAUGUUGCUUCUGCCAAGGAUUUCUGUGUGAAGAUGACCAGUUUGAGCACCAAGCUUCUUGUCAGGUGCUAGAGUCAGAGACAUACAAAUGCCAAUCGUGUAACCGCCUGGGGCAGUACUCGUGCCUGCGCUGCAAGACCUGCUUCUGCGAGGAGCACGUGCGGCGGCGCAGCGCGCGCACCACGCGCGGCGCGCCGCCCUGCCCGCGCUGCGGGUACGCCGUGCACGUCACCGCCGACCUCAGCAUGUCCACGCGAUCUCACCGCUACGGGCGGCAGGGCGCAGCGGUCGCCGAGGACGACGACUACGAAGGCUAUGGACAUUCUGGGUAUGGUGGAGAUGGCGGUGAUGGUGGCGAUGGCGGCUUAGAGUGUGGUGAUUAUUCCUAUUCUGAGUCAGACGAUGACGAGGACGAUGAUGACGAUGAUGAAGAAGAAUCUGAUGAAGAAGAGUCUGGCGACGAAGAUGAAAUUGAAUCUUCUGUCUCUCCAAACAAACCAUCU